AUGCUACCGUUCGCUCCUCAGGACGAGCCCUGGGACCAAGAAAUGGAGGUGUUCCGCGACGGCGGCGGCGCGAGCAGCGGCGAGGUUAGUGUGGUGGCCGAACGGGCUGGGUGGGACUGGGGGACGCGCGGGGUGCCGCCCCUGACUCCGCGCAUCCCUCUUUCUCCGCUGCGGCCGGUUUGCUCGCUGGGAACACUUUGGGGGACAGCUGCGGACUCCAGCUCGCUGUCGAGCCCCAGGCGCUAUAGGAACCCAGCGCAACAAAAACCACAGCAAGUAUGUUUUAGGUAUUGUAGAGAUUUAACAAUGGGUCUCUCUACCUCAGCAAUUUGGAAAAAUACUCGAGUGGAAAUUGUUAAUCCCUAUGAAGUAAAACGAAAGGUGAAGGAUGAAGGAGUUGUUAAAGAAAUCCCUAUUACUCAUCAUGUUAAGGAAGGAUAUGAGAAAGCAGAUCCUGCACAGUUUGAGUUGCUCAAGGUUCUUGGUCAGGGAUCAUUUGGAAAGUUCUACUUGUGUAAAAUGCUGUCAAACAGUACUGCGUGCUACAGAGAAAUCUUUCCUGAAAAGAAGAUAAUAUAUUCUACCCUUAUGUGAUUUUUAGUUCGAGACAGAGUUCGGACAAAGAUGGAAAGGGAUAUACUGGUAGAAGUAAAUCAUCCAUUUAUUGUCAAAUUGCACUAUGCCUUUCAGACAGAAGGGAAGCUGUAUUUAAUAUUGGAUUUUCUCAGGGGAGGAGACGUCUUCACAAGAUUAUCCAAAGAGGUUCUGUUUACAGAGGAAGAUGUGAAAUUCUACCUUGCAGAACUGGCCCUCGCUUUGGAUCAUCUGCACCAAUUAGGAAUUGUAUAUAGAGACCUGAAGCCUGAAAAUAUUCUUCUCUACAAACUAUAUUAUGUUCAGCUUGUAGAUUUUGGACUCAGCAAGGAGUCAGUAGAUCAAGAAAAAAAGGCCUACUCAUUUUGUGGUACAGUAGAAUAUAUGGCUCCUGAAGUAGUAAAUAGGAGAGGCCAUUCUCAGAGUGCUGACUGGUGGUCAUAUGGUGUACUUAUGUUUGAAAUGCUUACUGGUACUCUGCCAUUUCAAGGUAAAGACAGAAAUGAGACUAUGAAUAUGAUAUUAAAAGCAAAACUUGGAAUGCCUCAGUUUCUUAGUGGUGAAGCACAAAGUCUUCUAAGGAUGUUAUUCAAAAGGAAUCCAGCAAAUAGAUUGGGUUCAGAAGGUGUUGAGGAAAUCAAAAGACAUCUUUUUUUUGCAAAUAUUGAUUGGAAUAAAUUAUAUAAAAGAGAAGUUCAACCUCCUUUUAAACCUGCUUCUGGAAAACCAGAUGAUACUUUUUGUUUUGAUCCUGAAUUUACUGCAAAAACACCUAAAGAUUCUCCUGGUUUGCCAGCCAGUGCAAAUGCUCAUCAACUCUUCAAAGGAUUCAGCUUUGUUGCAACUUCUAUUGCAGAAGAAUAUAAAAUCACUCCUAUUACAAGUGCAAAUGUAUUACCAAUCGUUCAGAUAAAUGGAAAUGCGGCACAAUUUAGUGAAGUAUAUGAAUUGAAAGAGGAUAUUGGUGUUGGCUCCUAUUCUGUUUGUAAGCGAUGCAUACAUGUAACUACGAACAUGGAAUUUGCGGUGAAGAUCAUUGACAAAAGUAAGCGUGACCCCUCAGAAGAAAUUGAAAUUUUGAUGCGCUAUGGACAACAUCCCAAUAUUAUCACUUUAAAAGAUGUCUUUGAUGAUGGUAGAUACAUUUACCUUGUUACGGAUUUGAUGAAAGGAGGAGAACUACUUGAUCGUAUUCUCAAACAAAAAUGUUUCUCAGAACGGGAGGCUAGUGAUGUGUUGUAUGUAGUAACUAAGACAGUUGACUAUCUUCAUUGUCAAGGAGUUGUUCAUCGUGAUCUUAAACCUAGUAAUAUUUUAUAUAUGGAUGAAUUGGCCAAUGCAGAUUCAAUUAGGAUCUGUGAUUUUGGGUUCGCAAAACAACUUCGAGGAGAAAAUGGACUUCUCUUAACUCCAUGUUAUACUGCGAACUUUGUAGCACCUGAGGUUCUUAUGCAACAGGGAUAUGAUGCUGCUUGUGAUAUUUGGAGUUUAGGAGUCCUUUUUUACACAAUGUUGGCUGGCUAUACUCCAUUUGCUAAUGGCCCCAACGAUACUCCUGAAGAGAUACUGCUGCGUAUAGGCAAUGGAAAGUUCUCUUUGAGUGGUGGAAACUGGGACAAUAUUUCAGAUGGAGCAAAGGAUUUGCUUUCCCAUAUGCUUCAUAUGGACCCACAUCAGAGGUACACCACUGAACAAGUAUUAAAGCACCCAUGGAUAACCCACAGAGACCAGUUGCCAAACGAUCAGCCAAAGAGAAACGAUGCAGUGCAUGUUGUUAAGGGAGCAGUGGUUGCCACAUAUUCUGCCCUGACUCACAAGGCCUUUCAACCACUCCUAGAGCCUGUUGCUGCUUCAAGCUUAGCUCAGCGACGGAGCAUGAAAAAGCGAACAUCAACUGGCCUGUAAGAUUUGCAGUGUUUCUCAACCAAACUGGAUGAAGAGAAAAUUAAAUGUGUGGCUUUUUGCCUAAUCUUAUAUCAAAGGCAUUUUUUUCUGCUACGUUACUUGAAUAUUUUGUUUAAGUCCCCAUUUUUAGGGGGAAUGAGAUUUAAAAAAAACAUACACAGGUUCACAAUAUUCAUACUAUGUUGUUUUGCAGUAGUGUCCAAGUAUUCAUUUAAGCAUAUAAUUGGUGUCCACAAGGUCAUAACAACUUCUCUGCACACUAACUUCUAAGUUAAUUUCAAAUGAAGUUACUUUAAAAGUAUUU